UAAUGUCUCGACCGACUCCCGUUUUCUUAUAUGAUAGAUCCUUGAAGCUUACAAAUUCAUUUAAAGAUAAACAAAGUGCUGGCAAAUUUCUUAGACGAAAGAAAUUAGGAAGACUUAUUGAUACUGGCAGAUUAUUGCGUAGAAAAUGGUAUCUAUAUUCAAAACAAUUGAAUCCAAACAAAAUUGCUUGUUAUAAAUUUAUAGAAAAAAAUGUUGCAAAGGAAAUGGCAAAAAUAAUUUUAUCAGAACAAAAAAAAACUAUUCACGUUUACGACGAUCGAUAUCAAUUUCUAUAUUCUGCUAAAAAUAUUCAUGAAGUAGCAACGAGUUUAAAUAUAUGCCCUACCCUCAUUAAACUUCAUUUAAAGAAGACUAGACCAUUGAUGGUUAAAAAUUUGGACAAAAAUUAUUACAUUGUAACUGAACUUGUAAAAAUUAAUGGAAUGGAUACGGAAGAAAAGGUGAAUUAUCUUAAAAGUGCGAUUAUUAUGUCUUCCACGGAUGUUGAGAACAACAAGGAAAUUUCUAAUGGCUCUGAAAGUUCUCCUUUAUCAUUACCGGAACCAGAAUUCUUUGAUUCUAUUCGUCGUUUCGCCAGCGAUCAUUUUACAAAUGCUUAUAAAUUCCCUGAAAUAUUUGGCCAAAUGGAUGAAUCUGCUUUAUUGACAAUGG